AUGAAUAACGCACUGGUAAACGGUGGUUGUUUCGUUCGAUUAUCAAUCUUGGAUAAUAUUGCUUCAUUUUGGGAACUGAAUCCAAAGACAAAUCGUAUCCGUGUUAUUGCGCCAAAGACCAAAGCAGAGCCAUAUCCUGAUUAUGAGACCGAGGAGGACACGAGCGCCCGCACUAUCGCCGGUAUAUGCAACAGAGAAAUUCCUUACGGAAGUGAUCGAGCAACGAGAAAGAGCAGAAAAAGAAGCGUAUCGGAAAGCGAAAGCGAAAGCGAAAGCGAAAGAGAAAGCGAAUCAGUCGAGUUCUCAAACUCGGAAGACGAAGAGGAAUUCCACAUCAAAAAGCUCGAGCAAGAGGCAAAAACUCGACGACAAAAACUUCAAGCCCGUAUCAAGCGUAGUCAGCUUUCAAGAAAACCCGUCACUCGAGCAACGAGCGCCCGAAGAGAAUCGCGACGUGGCAAUAUUCGCAAACGACGGUCCGAUUCUGGAUCAGCAAGUCCAGUCGUCAAAUCAAAGCGAUCUAACCGUUUGGAAAAAUCAAAUUUCGCGGAACCUGAACCAGUUACAAAACAUCCCCGAAAACCACUCCUUCGCCCAAGUCGCCUCAAAGAGUAUCCUAUCACCAGCAAUGAUUACCGAAAAUGGAGGAGUGCAAUUUCUAACGCAAGUAAUCGGGACUCGAAACGCAAAAGGGCAAUUGAGUUUUCCAAUUCAACUGCAAGUGAUGAAGACACCUCCGAGACGGAAUCUAUUGCCAAUAGCGUCAAAUCGAAUUCAAGAGUUGCCCGAAUCAAUGGCAGACGACGUAUCAGAGAACAAACUCCCUUUUACAACAACGCUUAUGACGACGCCGACGUCGACCGUGACGAAGACGAGCAACUUUCAAAACGACCAAAGCGAUCAAAGCGAGCCGCUGGACGUGUCACUACCGUACGAGCCACAAAACAGCGUAAACUCGCUAAACCAAAAUCUCAAUCGUCAAGUAAGAAUGCCGUCUCUCCAACUUCAAGCGCCAUUAAAAAAUCCCACUAUUAUGACCCAGACGGGAUCGAAUCUCGAUCCGAUGAGGAGUCCGAUGAGGAUCGACUCUACAUUGACGACGGCGACGAAGAGAAUGAAUCGCACGUCGGACGGGGCGGCGGCGGCGGCGGCGGCGGCGGCGGAGCAGACAUCGACAACUUCUGGGGUUAA